GAUAGAGCAACCAGUAGCUGAAAGUGACAGUGUAUAAGUGACUAGUGGUGCAGAAAAACAAUGUCCAUUGAAGUGGUAUUCAAAGCUGUGCAGGAAGAUGAGUACCGGAGAGAGCUCAAGUGCAUAUCUGAAGGAAAAGAAAUCGGCAAAGACAGCUGUCUCAGGAAGCUAGACCCUUUCAUUGACGACAAAAAUAUACUGAGAGUUGGAGGACGGAUCGCUGAAUCAAAACUUGAAAAGGACAUAAAAAACCCGCUAGUCAUUCCAGCCCACUGCCAUACAGCGACUCUCCUCAUCCGCCACCACCACGAAGAGACCCAUCAUCAAGGACGUCUCUUCACUGAAGGAGCUAUACGGGCGGCAGGCCUGUGGAUAACAGGCGUGCGGAGACGUACAAACAGCCUCAUCUACAAGUGUGUCAUAUGUUGCAAACUUCGUGGCACAUCUCUGUCCCAAAAGAUGGCCAACCUACCCUCAGAUCGACUUAGCACUGAAUCCCCCUUUACUAAUGUUGGUCUCGAUGUGUUUGGCCCCUAGUCCAUCGUCACACGCCGUACAAGAGGCGGAGAUUCAAAUAGCAAGCGAUGGGCUGUCAUGUUCACCUGUAUGAGUAUCAGGGCCGUCCAUAUUGAAGUAAUUGAGUCUCUCGAUACUUCAAGUUUUAUCAAUGCUCACCGGAGGUUCAUGUCCAUUCGAGGUCCCAUCAAACAUAUCCGUUCUAAUCGAGGCACUAACUUUGUCGGAGCUUGCAAAGAGCUAAAAGUCCCUUCAAACAUCAACGGUUGCCAAGUGCAGAAAUACCUUUCAGAACAAGGCUGCACCUGGUCCUUCAACCCACCUCACUCUUCUCAUAUGGGUGGGGCCUGGAAAAGGAUGAUUGGUCUUGCUAGACGCAUCCUGGAUGCUAUGUUCCAGCGUUUAGGUUCCACAAGGCUCAGUCACGAGACUCUCACUACCUUCAUGGCCGAAGUAGCGGCCAUUAUAAAUGCAAGACCUCUAACCUCCGUGUCUACCGACCCUGCAGACCCACUGUUACUUACUCCCUCCACUCUACUCACACAGAAAGUAGACACACUCAUAGCUCUUGCUGGGGACUUUGACACAAAGGACUUGCACAAACGCCAGAGGCGUCAAGUACAAUGUCUCGCAAACCUUUUCUGGGACAAAUGGAGAAAGCAGUAUCUUCCCACACUGCAGACACGCAGUAAAUGGACUUCAGACCAGCCAGAUACUCAGCCUGGCAGUGUUGUCCUUAUGAGAGACUGUUCGACCAAACGGAACGAAUGGCCACUUGGACUUGUAACACAAGUGUUCCCAAGUAAAGACAGAAAAGUCCGCAGAGCAGAAAUCAAAGUCUCCAAAGGAGAUGGAACUAAGUUGUUUCUCAGACCCGUUACUGAACUGGUCCUUCUUGUUGCACCUGAAGACUAUGGUAGCAAGUAGUUUUUAAUUAUCGAAGCAGUAGUGGUAUUUAUUUAUACCAGACGGGGAGUGUUAUGUUUUGAGUUUGUUGCUGUUAUGUUUUGAGUUUGUUGCUGGUGCGGGUGGCAUGGUGACGUCAUUGCUCUCAAAUGUUUCACGUCUUGUUACAUUGUUUCAUGUUUCAGUUGACGCAGCUUCUGUAUCAUAACCUAAUUGUUCAUCCCUACAUAGCUUGUGGUUCAUCAAUGGUUUUUGGCCCCUUUGAUAGCAUCUUUGGUAAGAUAUUGUGGUUUUGAAAUGUUGAGGUUUCACCCAAGUUAAAUAUCUGAUGUAAAAGUUGUUCUUAUGUAACGCUAUGUGUUUAAUAUUAGCGAAGCUCCAGCUGUGUCCGUUUAAUACGGUUGUCAAGGUUACCAAAGUAAACAUUAUUUCUUUGGGUAAAACUGGGCUUUUCCCAUGUUUUCGAAAUGUCCAAACUUUCAUAAUAAGAAAUGUAUAUAGCAUGCUGUCUCUGUAAUAUCUUCAUUUUGUUCAGAAACAAUACUUGUCCUUAUCGUUUAACUCAACUAGACUAGAGCUAGUAUGUAGCAAGUAUGUAGCAUUCUACUCUGUGCUGUACUGUAUAGUCCAGCUGCUUGUACUGUAGAGUUUAAUGAUUUAUUUCUUUUAUAAGCC